AUGAGCGGUGACUCAAGUAAAUAUUCGAACGGAUCACGCACUGUGAAGCCCAGCAAGUCAUUCUGUUCAUUGGCGUACUUGGCUAAGAGUACGAUUGCCGUCCACGGCACAAAUGACAUCAUUGGACGAGGCACUUUAAAUGGACAUGCACACAAGAACGCCAUCAAAGGAGGCGAUAGCCGUCAGAUCCAGUCUACUUCCAGCAACAGUGUACCUAAUGUGGCUGUUACAGCGAAAGUGAAUGAUCGUGCUUCACCAUCGCUGCCGACUGGCACCAACACUGGCCACCAUCAACCUCACAAUGCGCGUCCACAGUCCCCAACCUGCACAAACAGUAUGUACAAGGAUGAUCGAGUUGCGGAUGUCUUUGGAGUUAUUAACGAGGAAGACCGAACGCCAAACGGUGGCGAUCAAGUCGAUAGUGUGUUACAUCGACCUUGGGAACUGUCGAAUGGCCCGACCAGUGCGCACCAUACGUCAUCCAUUCAGCCAAGUGUCAGCCACCAGCAUUACAAUGGCGGUGCUUGUUUGCCGUCACUUUCCAAAUUCAACAGUAUAGAUUGUUGGGAUUACACGAUCGAGCUGGAAUGCCUAAAAGGUCCACAAGAUCUGCAAUUAGCAGCAGAAUUGGGCAAAACACUCUUAGAGCGCAAUAAAGAACUGGAAACACUUCUGAAGGAACACAAGCAUACCAUAGAGGAACAAGAGCAGGAAAUUGUGUAUUUGAAGAAACAUACGACAGCGUUGCGUGAAGUCAAUGAUUCUCGCCUCAAGGUCUACGAACAAUUGGAGGUUGGUAUUCAGGAUUUGGAGCGUGCCAAUCAUCGUUUGCUCGUUGAGAACACCGCCGAUAAGAAGCAUAUCAAAACGCUUUCACAUACUAUUGAGACUCUCGAGGCACGCACCGAAGAACUGACGAAACAAUUGGACGACGUCCGCCAAGCACUGACCGCUGAGAAACGCAAAAAUGAACGCCUUCUGGCAGAGAUGAGUAAAGGCGGUGGCGACGCCAAUGCUGUAAAGUUGAAGCCAACCCAGAAUAAGGAUGCUGCUGACAACGACACAAAAUCUCCUCAGCCAGGCUAUGAUGCCAAUACCACAGCGCCAGAAAAUUGUAGUUUUACAUUCCAGUCGCCUGCAGCCCGCAAUUCGACGGGCAUCAGUGGCGCUGAUAAUGACAGCUCCUUGGAUCUGAGCAUGGUUGGUGGUCAGGAAGGCAAUGAUGAGAUUAUCAAGUUGGUUAGUGACUUCGAGGCGACCAAAAAGGCGUACAUGGCAGAGCAGCAACGUUGCGGUGAAUUGGAAGAACAAUUGGUGGCCAUAAUUCAAGAAAAUCAAAAUCUUCAAACUCGUAUUGCUCAAACCAGUGCCACUGAGGAGAUGAAGUCAAUGCACGACGAACUUUCGAUCUUGGAUGAAGUGCGGCAAGGACAAAUGUGCAGCCGUUGUCUUCGUUCGAUGGACGACCGUGCCGUUGACGAGCAGUCAUCGCUGGCCCCUACAGAGGAGUGCGAGGAAGACGAAGAGAACAGCCUCUUGGACCUGGAAGGCAGCCGUGCUGGUGACAAUGCCAGCGAACACUCGCAAGCGGCCUAUCGUUCCAGCAUGUCGAUCAAGGUUAUGCCUCAUCAUCCCGACUCUUUGGAUUUACAUAUUCCCGGUAGUCCAAAUCCUUACCGCGACCUGGUGGAAAAGUACGAAGCGCUGCUGGAGGUACAACGAUCGUCGAUUGCUCGAAAGAACACCAAUGGCGGCAUGUCGUUGGCCGAGGAGUUCCAGUCGUCCGGCGAAUUUAAUCAAACGCAGAAGUUGAUGUUGCAGGCAGCUCAAACUGUGGCGUCGGACCACUGCAACACGUCGAACAAUGGUGAUGCGGCCAGUAGCUGCAAUGGAAGUAUGACAAACGAUAGCAAAACUAAUACCAAAGCUGAUAAGAAUCGUGGCCGAACCCCAACCGAAUUCUCAGAGGCCGAGACCUCCUCUUCGGGUUAUUCGGAUGAGACCAGCAAUAAAGCCACACAAACAGAUGAAAGGCCUGGCUAUUUCCUGUGUUCCAUUGGUGAUGGCGAAGACUGCAAAUUCAGCAUCUACGACGAUGCCAGUCCCAUUGAUUCUCGAUUCCGCAAUCGGCCAGAGUACCGUGAACUGUUCAAGGAAAUAUUUGCUGUACUGAAGAAGGCUGCCGAGAAUAAGGAGGAAGGUGAAAAACUGCCAUUGUUGGAUGAUACCCAUCCCGUGGGUGUAAAUACUGCUCAAAAGGUCCCACCCGUGACACCUGCCAACGAAGAACUUCCAGUGGACUUCGGUGAUGACAGUCAGAGCAUUAUUUCAUCGGCCGUGUCGGAGCAAUCGUUUGCCAUGUCGGAAUGCAUCACCAAACUUGAACGUAAAACAGCCAAAAAGCACAUAAUCGAGAAGAAUCAGGAGAACAAGCCCCCGUUGGCUGCCUCCAUUUCCCAAUUGACUUCGCCAAAUGCCAAACAAAUUAUCGAAAAUGGUCGCAUACUGACGCCACUUAAGCGGGAGCCGUUGGACUAUUUGGCUGUGGGUGUUGGCAUUAAGCGGAAGAAUCGCAGAAAGAACCGUAACUUCUCCAGCGAUCGUUCCGAAUCACCACUGGCCCUUCCCACGCCGCCACGCAUCUUUGUUGCCAGUGGCAAGAAACGCAAAGACGUCCGUCCCUAUGUAGAAUCUCCCAUGGCCUCGAACACGAAUCUCAAUCAGACUACACCUAGCAGCUCAAGGGGAUCGCGCAGCGCUCCCAAGUAUGAAUGGAAUGGCAACUCGAUGAUCAUAUACAACCGUAGUCUCAGUGGCAGAGGAAGUCGCGAUGCCGAUGUGACCAGCAUUCCGUACCGACCCAGCACCGUUUCGCAAGAUUUGCACAAGUUAAAGAAACUCGAUUUGUCGUACGCGGAAGUUUUGAGACGUGCCGACGCCUGCAAGUCUCACAACCAACAGCAGGCGCAUUACCAUCACCAACAACAGUCACAACGACGACGAAAUCAUCGUCACUAA